CAGCGCCAAGUUUGCGCCCCGGGAGUUUGCGCGUGUCGCGGCCGCCGGCCUGGUCGCUCGGUCCCGGCGAGGGGGGCGGACGCGCGUGCCUGGGGCAGCCGCCCGCGAGCGCUCGGGCUGGAGGACGGCGAGCGGGGUGGCGCGGGCCUGGGCCGGGGCAGCCGCCUCCCGAAGAUGCAGGAUGGCAGCAGAGCCGCCGUCCAGCCUCUCCUACCGCACCACGGGCUCCACCUGCCUGCACCCGCUCAGCGAGCUCCUGGGCAUCCCGCUGGACCAGGUGAAUUUCGUGGCGUGUCAGCUCUUUGCUCUCUUUGCUGCGUUCUGGUUCCGCGUCUACCUGAGUCCUGGUAAAACCAGUCCCGAUGUCCGGCACGCGUUUGCCACCAUGUUUGGCAUCUACUUUGUCAUCUUUUGUUUUGGUUGGUACUCCAUACACCUUUUUGUGCUGGUGUUGAUGUGCUACGGAAUCAUGGUCACCGCAAACGUAUCCAGUAUUCACAGAUACUCCUUUUUCGUAGCCAUGGCAUACCUGACACUAUGCCACGUCAGCCGCAUCUAUAUCUUCCACUAUGGAAUCCUCACUACGGAUUUCUCUGGGCCUCUGAUGAUUGUCACGCAGAAGAUCACGACCUUGGCAUUCCAAGUUCAUGAUGGAUUAGGUCGAAGAGCUGAAGACCUCUCUGCUGAGCAACAUCGACUUGCUGUAAAAGUAAAACCCUCUUUCUUGGAAUAUUUAAGCUACCUUCUCAACUUCAUGAGUGUCAUAGCUGGCCCUUGCAACAAUUUCAAGGAUUAUAUAGCCUUUAUUGAAGGGAGACACAUACACACGAAGUUGCUGGAGGUGAACUGGAAGCAGAGAGGUUUCCACAGCCUGCCCGAGCCUUCUCCCACUAGAGCUGUGAUACGCAAGUUGUGCAUGACCUUGGUGUCUCUCCUCCUGUUUUUGACGCUCACGAAGUCCUUCCCCAUCACCUGCCUGACUGAUGACUGGUUUGUUCAUAAAGCAAACUUUCUGACUCGACUGUGCUACUUAUAUAUUGUCAUGCAAGCUUCGAAGCCCAAGUAUUACUUUGCCUGGACAUUAGCUGAUGCAGUGAAUAACGCAGCUGGCUUUGGGUUCAGCGGAGUGGAUAAGGAUGGAAAUUUCUGUUGGGAUCUGCUUUCUAACCUAAACAUCUGGAAAAUCGAGACUGCCACAAGUUUCAAAAUGUACUUAGAAAACUGGAAUAUUCAGACAGCGACUUGGCUAAAACGAGUAUGUUAUGAACGGGUUCCUUGGUACCCCACGGUACUAACCUUCAUCUUGUCUGCCCUGUGGCAUGGUGUCUAUCCUGGAUACUAUUUUACCUUCUUAACUGGAAUUCUCGUCACAGUAGCAGCUAGAACGGUGAGGAACAACUUCCGCCAUUACUUCCGUUCCUCAAAAGCCCUCCAGGUUGCAUAUGAUGUGGUCACCUGGGCGGUCACUCAGCUGGCUGUCUCUUACACCGUCGCACCCUUCGUCAUGUUGGCCGUGGAGCCAACCAUCAGCUUAUAUAAGUCCAUGUAUUUUUAUUUACACAUCAUAAGUCUCCUGAUAAUACUCUUUCUGCCAAUCAAACCACACGCUCAUAUCCAGAGGCAGCCUCAGACUCCGAACUCCGUUAAUAAGAAAAAAAAAGACUGAUCCCUCCAAGGAAGCCGAGCAAGUAAAACUGUAAAAUGUCACAAAGAGGAGAUCAAAGACUCAAGGGUUCGCCAGGGACUUGGAAGUGAUGUUUACAUGCAUUUUUUUUUUUUUUUAAGUGCAGGGAGGAUUUUAUAAAGCCUUUUAUAUGAUUAAGUCAGCCAUGUCCAGUUGAUUUAAUAUUUCCGAGGACAUUUGAGUGGUGUGGAGACUGUGCCGGCUUUGUAGACAGAGACUAGCCAUUCUGGGCUGCUGGGUCUUUGCUUUUCUGGCAUGAUUUCCCAUCCCUGGAACCUGGACAUCUGCUCCAGAAGGCAGAAGGUGGUUACCAACAGAGCUUGUCUUCUAGAACAUACCCAGCCAGACACAGUUGUUCCUCGGGAAGCUGCAGACCCUUUGAGCACAGUGACUACACAGAAGACCGUGGAGGAGAGGAUCGAUCCUGCAAGAGGAGCCAGGAGGACUUGUUGUGAACACUUCAAUGGACUGAAAGGCAUGCCCUGAAGUAGGCUGCAUUUUUUUUU